CAAAGAUAUCAGCCUCCUGUUCUUCUUAGAAACUUUCAAAAAUACAAAAAUAUUUCAAGAUGAAGUUCCUUUUCGUGGUUGCUCUUAUUGCCUUGGCCAUCCAGGUGGCAUAUUCUGCCUCCAACACCACAACCACGACUGAUGCCACCACUACAACAACUACCACUACUGCGGCAACAACAACCACAACCGCCUCUUCCACCCACAAGAAGCGUUGCUGGAAGGGCAACAACUGGUGCCACACUCGCAUCCCCAAGAAGAAGUGCAAGCACCCAAAGAGGUGCCACAAGACCGUUGUGAUUGUGACCCACAGGAAAAACUAAUGACCUUUAAAGGUUGCCUUAAAUAAAAUUAGUUCUAUGUAUA